AGGUAGGUUUAAAUGAUGAAACUGGUUACAGAAGCACCACAUUAUACCAGAAACAAAGCAAGGAAUAUUUCAUCCCAAACACGCCACAAUAUUCACCAUUUACAACCAGGAUAUAGCAGCAUCUGUUCAGAUCCUCAUGACUACGCACAACCAAGGAUUUAAAGGAGGCCAGGCCCAAUGAAACACAACCAAAUCAUCAUGGUUCCUAGGAAAGCUGCAGCACUGCUUGUCUUUAUAGUUCCAAGCCAAAGCCUCUCAAAGAAUCAGGAAUCCACAUCAGUGGUCUAUUGGCAAAACCUUCUUUCCUUAAACUGCCAUGGCCAAUAACAACAGCCCACCCCAGAGUGAUCCAGGCACAAGGAUCAAAUCCUGCAGGAGAACCAAAUGCUGAUUCUGCCCUCUCCACCACCCUAGUGAUGUAUAUGGCUGGUUCUCCAUUGUGAAUUAUACAUUCAUGCUUUCCUCUUUUUGUCUCUCUCAUCUUUGAGGCUAUUUAAUAUGCCAGUUCGCGGGAAGAUAAAGAUGGCAAAAGUUUUGGUCAUUAUUAAGCCAAUUUUAGGGCUCAUCCAGGGCGCCCCUGGCUGGCACUUUAGGCUAAAGAGAGAGCAGGGCCCCCGAAGUCUUCCUUAAGAGCCCGCAGGGCCUAUCCCGAGGUUCCGGGAGAGGCUCAACCGCGGCUGCUUCAGGCCUUUGGCAGAAACGGCGAGGAGCGUAGCCCUUAGCCGGGCAGCUGGGCCUCCCGGGCCCUCGCGUAACCCUUGCGGGACCCGAACGUCAAGCCACAUAGGCAGCAACGGAGCAGCCACGGGCGCCAAGCCAGGGAGCCUGCCUGCGAGGAUCCCCAGGCCGGUCUUGCGGUAGGCCUUUGGGGGACGAGGCGGCGGCCCACUUGCCUUCACGCGCUUCCAAGGCGCGGAUCCACUCCGGGGGCCGGCUCGGCCUCGCAGGAAAAGCAGCGGCGUGGUCGGGAGGCGCCACCACAAACCUGUCAGGGCGGAGGCGAGGCCGGCGGCGCGGGACGGGGAGCGGCGGGCCGCCCGCUCUGGCCGGGCCGGCAGGGGCCGCUGUGACCGCGGCGGUGCGCCUCCCGAGGCGACGCGGGCAGGAGCGUCGGCGGCGAGAGCCGGGCGGGCCGCGGAGGAGCUGGGUCGGGGCGGCGAGGCCCCGCGGUGCGGCGGCCGAUGAAGCUGAAGAAGCAGGUGACGGUGUGCGGGGCGGCCGUCUUCUGCGUGGCCGUCUUCUCGCUCUACUUGAUGCUGGACCACGUGCAGCGUGACCCCGCCCGGCCCCUCCCCGGGGGGCACCUGCCGCGGAGCCAGAUUUCGGCGCUGCAAAGCCGCAUCGAGCAAUUGGAGCAGCUCCUGGAGGAGAACCACGAGAUCAUCGGGCGCAUCAAGGACUCAGUACUGGAGCUGACGGUCGGGCACGAGGGGCGGAGCGCGCUGCUGCCCCUCCGGCUGGCCAAUGGCUCCUGGGCGCUGCCCGCCGACGGGCGGCCUGGCUUCUUCUCCGUGGCGCCCGGAGACUGCCGGCUCGGCCCGCGCGCCGCCCGCCCCGAGCCCGCCCUGCAGAUGCUGGCGGUGUCGGCGUUGUUGCCCUACGACAACCAGGACGGCGGGGCGUGGAAGCAGGGUUUCGAGAUCACCUACGAGCCCCACGAGUGGGAUGCGCAGCCGCUGCAGGUCUUCGUGGUGCCCCACUCCCACAACGACCCAGGCUGGAUCAAGACAUUUGACAAAUACUAUGUUGACCAGACUCAGCACAUUCUGAACAAUAUGGUGCUGAAACUGCAGGAAGACCCACGGCGGCGCUUCAUUUGGUCCGAAAUCUCUUUUUUCUCCAAAUGGUGGGACAACAUCAGCAGCCAAAAACAGACUGCAGUCCGCAGGCUCAUAGGAAAUGGGCAACUUGAGAUGGCCACAGGAGGCUGGGUGAUGCCAGAUGAAGCUAAUUCCCACUAUUUUGCCAUGAUUGACCAGCUCAUUGAAGGGCACCAAUGGCUGGAGAAGAACAUUGGGGUGACGCCACGCUCUGGCUGGGCAGUGGAUCCCUUUGGUCACAGCGCCACAAUGCCUUAUCUCCUGCGCCGGGCUAACCUGACCAGCAUGCUCAUCCAGCGGGUCCACUAUGCCAUCAAGAAGCACUUUGCAGCUACCCAGAACCUGGAGUUCAUCUGGAGGCAGAGCUGGGAUUUGGAUUCCAGCACAGACCUUCUCUGCCACAUGAUGCCUUUCUACAGUUACGAUGUGCCCCACACUUGUGGGCCUGAUCCGAAAAUCUGCUGCCAGUUUGACUUCAAGAGGCUGCCAGGUGGGCGCAUCAACUGCCCCUGGAAGGUCCCUCCCAAGGCCAUCACCAGUAGCAAUGUGGCUGAGCGGGCACAACUUCUGCUUGACCAAUACCGGAAGAAGUCCAAACUGUUCCGAAGCAGCGUCCUGCUGGUGCCCCUGGGAGACGACUUCCGCUAUGACAAGCCCCAGGAAUGGGAUGCCCAGUUCCUCAAUUACCAACGUCUCUUUGACUUCCUGAAUGCUCGCCCAGAGCUGCACGUCCAGGCCCAGUUUGGGACACUCUCAGACUAUUUUGAUGCCCUCUACAAGCAGAUGGGCAUUGUCCCGGGCAUGCACCCACCUGGCUUCCCGGUGCUCAGUGGGGACUUUUUUUCCUACGCAGACAGGGAAGAUCACUACUGGACAGGCUACUACACUUCCCGGCCUUUCUAUAAGAGCAUGGGCCGAGUACUCGAGGCCCAUCUCCGGGCUGCUGAGACCUUAUAUAGCUUGGCUCUGAGUCACGCCCGCCAUGCUGGCAUGGAGAGUAGGUACCCACUGUCCGAUUAUGCCAUGCUCACAGAUGCCCGGCGCAAUCUGGGACUCUUCCAGCAUCACGAUGCUAUUACUGGCACUGCCAAGGAAGCAGUAGUGGUGGACUAUGGUGUCAGAUUGCUUCACUCGCUGAUGAAUGCCAAGAGGGUCAUCAUCAAUGCUGCCCAUUACUUGGUCCUAGCAGACAAAGAGUCCUACCACUACGACAUGGCAAUGCCCUUCCUUGACACAGAUGAGACCCGUCUCAAUCAGGACUCCCUGCCAGAGAAAAUGGUGAUCAAAUUGGACGCCACACCCAGGUUUGUGGUAGUAUUCAAUCCCCUGGAGCAAGAGCGCCUCACUGUGGUGACCCUGCUGGUGAACACCCCUCGGAUCUGUGUGCUGAAUGAGGAAGGAGAGUCCCUUGCGGUGCAGCUCAGUGCCCAGUGGGAGUCGGCCACAGACAUGGUGCCUGAUGUCUUCCAGGUGUCUGUCAUGAUACGCCUGCCAGCACUGGGCCUCACCAUCCUGCAACUGAUAAAAUCUUUUGAUAACCACAACACCCUGAAAUCUUCAGUGCGCCUCUUCCUCCAUGGCCAUGACUUUGCUGGGCAUAAGUACGAAGCCGUUCCUGUACAGGUUCUGUCCACUGCCACAGACGAUUUCUGCUUGGCGAACCAGCACAUGAGAGCUUGUUUCUCAGGGCCAAGUGGCUCCCUCAAGAGUGUGCAUCAUAUUGGUGAGAAACAGGAGCAGCAGCUGAGCAGCCAGUUCCUUGUCUAUGGGACCCGGACAACCAAGGACAAGAGCGGUGCCUAUCUUUUCCUACCCGACGGUGAAGCCAAGCCCUACACCACCAAGGACCCUCCAGUGGUGCGGGUGACCGAGGGGCCCUUUUUUUCAGAGGCAGCCAUUUACUACCAGCACAUCCAGGAAGUGGUCCGACUCUACAAUGUGCCAGGGGUUGAUGGCCUCUCUCUGGAGAUCUCCUGCCUGGUCGACAUUCGUGACCACGUCAACAGGGAGCUGGCCCUGCGCUUCAGCAGCAGCAUUGAGAGUAAGGGCAGGUUCUUCACUGACCUGAAUGGCUUUCAGAUCCAGCCCCGGCAGUACCUGAAGAAACUGCCACUCCAGGCCAACUUCUAUCCCAUGCCAGUCAUGGCCUACAUCCAGGAUAGCCAGCAUCGCCUGACUCUGCACACAGCCCAGGCCUUGGGAGUGUCCAGCCUUAGCAGUGGCCAGCUGGAGGUGAUUUUGGACCGGCGCCUCAUGCAGGAUGAUAACCGUGGACUAGGACAAGGUCUGAAGGACAACAAGCAGACCUGCAACCGCUUCCGUCUCCUGCUGGAGCGAUUCAGCUCAGCAAACAAGAGCUCCAGCUUCUUUUCCAAACUGGCCUCCAUGCUGAGAGACUUGGUCUUCCCCAGCAGCAAGGUUGAAAGCCCAGAGGCCCAGGAGAAUCAGCUCACCAGCUUCCCGUCUCUGCUCAGCCACAUCACUUCCAUGCACCUGAAUGCGGAGGUUCUGACCAUGCCACUUGUCCAGGAAAAACUGCCCCCUCCAGCACUGAGGUCUUUUGCACCAUUUUCAAUCACAGUGCCCUGCGACUUCCACCUUCUCAACCUUCGAACGUUGCAAGGAGAGGAUGAGGCUUUACCAUCUGCCGAGACAGCUCUGAUACUACACCGGAAGGGCUUCGACUGUGCCCUGGAGGCCAGGAAUCUGGGUUUUAAUUGUACCACCACCCAGGGCGUGCUGUCCUUAGGCAGCCUAUUCCAGAGCCUGAACCUGAUCUCCCUGCAGCCCUCUUCUUUGACACUGAUGUAUCCACUGACCACGGCCUCCCUCAACAGCACCACCAUCCACCUUGACCCCAUGGAGAUUGCCACCUUCCGCCUUCGUCUCGGAUAGCCUGAGCCCUUCAUUCGGAAUUUCUGUGUCUGGACCUUUUUCCUCCUCUGGCACAGCUGCCCCAAAGGGUGCUGCUCCAUACCAAGGCAGACAAAGACUGGACCCUUGGGCAGCUGUGUCCUUUGAUGCUGCAGAAUUUGCCUUGGGUCCUGCCUGUACCUGGAGGACUCGUGGCACUGCUUCCAGAAUUUGGUUCUAGCUUGGCAUGAAGGGCAGGGGACUAUGCUGCAGAGAUGGUGGAUGUUGUUUGAGCAGCUGCAUUUGGUUUGAAUGAUCCUGAACAGAUGCAGUGUGUAGCAAACACUGUAGAACAGAGGAUGGGCCAAGUGACGCUUCUGCAGCUUGAAGCAAAGCCCUCAUCUCUAGUGCUCCCUUCCUCCAGAAAGCAGGGGUUGGGUGGCAAUUUGCUCAGGGUUGGGAAGCAUCUCCCCAUAUUUUUUCCUAGAGGAUGGAGUGUUUCCCCACAGUGAAUUCUCAAGACAAAUGCUGACUACAUUCAUACUCUGAUGACAUUUUCUUUCCAGAGGGAAGGAAAAAGCACGUUGCUGUGCUGCAAGCAAGGCUUUCCCCCUUAAAUCUCUGCUGCAGUUUGAUCCAAUAACUUUUAGCUAGCACAAGACUGAGUGCUGAAGGAAACUCCCUGUACAUUUUUGCAGAAAGCCUUGAAUCCAAGAGAAAAGCCUGCUGCUGUGUUGUGGUUAAUAAGAGCCAGCUGGCUCAGUGUCUCUUCCUUUCUGAAGGGUGAAGCCAGCAGUGCCAGCCCAGCUACAGAAGUGCAGAACACACAGCUGAGGAGCAGCUGCGGUCCCAACUGCCCUUUCUUCCUGGCCAACAGACUCCUAGGCAAACUUUGGGAUGUGUCACCUGGGCUUUCAUGUGCAUUUUUGCAUGGCAUUUGUGUGCACAGCCCACAUGCUUCAUUUAUGGCUCAGUGUCAUGCAAACCCAGAAAACACAUUAGAAUAAACUCUGGGCCAGCAUACUUUAUGAAGAAAACCCUGACUCUGGAGGGGCUCUUGCAAAUCUGGUGAAAUUGAGCCCUGUAGGAUUUGUCAUCCUGCCCAGAAGACCAGUUUUGAUCUUAGGAAGGCACUCCUCCGUCAGGCACUUGCCAACUGCCAUGAGGACAAUCUAGAAAGGGGGCAAAGGCAAGUUUUUUUUCUGCUCUUUGCUUCAUUUCUGCAGGGUUCUGUCUCUGUGACAGGCUUUUCUUUGGAUGGUGUAUGUUUACAAACAAAUUGAUGGGUAGGCUAUCACUCCUAGGUCAUAGUGUCUUAGACCACAGGACCUUAAGAGGUCUACCUACCCAUAGACAUAGUUUUCAGCAUGUGAUGCAAGAGUUGUACGUAAUGCAAAUGCUGAGAAACCUAAAUUAGACCUUGGAAUCUCUCUUGGUUUUGAGGGAUGUUGAUUAUAUGAGGAAGAGGAGAAAGCAAGCUACUGUUUUCUGUGUUGCUCAAUUUGUGCUGCAUUAACUCAAUGAACAGGAUGUGAAAGUGCA